AUUAGUUAGAAUUCGUAGGGUGUGUUGUGGUUAAAUUUAAUUUCUGUUCUUGAUGAGUGAUUUUUUUCCUGCCCACACCGUACCCACUGAGCAGCACAUGGCCUUGUUGUGAGUUGUUUGAAUCAUGGAGAGUGUUCUAUCAGACGCUUCCCUGAAGCCUCUGGUCCGAGAGGACUUUGACCCCAAGUCAUUUGCGGCCCAGACCAUGCAGUCGCAGAUGGUGGGGGAGAUGAUCGGGAAAUUGGCCGAGGGAAUCGGAUCACUAGACAAAGAGCUGUAUUCUCAAGUGGUGACUAACUAUGAAGACCUUCUGUCCCAGGCCACGGGGAUAGAGGCGUUGCAGAGUGUGCUCAAAAUGAUGCAGACUCGGAUAGAGUCACUGAGAAGUGCAGUGGACAGAAUCAGCUCCAAAGUUAUUGAUCCCUAUCAGAAGAUUGUCACCAGGACUGCUCAACUAGCUAGGCUACAGGCUGCAUGUGACCUACUGCGUAAGGUGAUACGAAUGCUCUACCUGAUCAAGAGGCUACGCUCACAGAUGCAGGGAGGCACAAGAGAAAUCACUAAAGUUGCUCAAACCUUCUCCGAAAUUGACCAGUUGACAAGUGAUGGAGACCUUGCUGGAGUGGGUGUGGUCGAGGAUGAGAGGGCGUGGCUAGGACGAGCACGUAGGGAGGUGGAGUCUCAGGGCAAGAGGAUGUUACUACAAGGACUCGAAUUACUAAACCCGACCCAGGUGGGUGUGUCCCUACAAGUGUUCUACAACCUGGGGCAACUGUCUCCGUCACUCAGCUCAGUGCUUGCUGGGUUCAGAGAAGCUCUGCAACACGAGAGCCAGACUGCAUUAGACCCAGCUACUCUCACUCAAGGGCUGGAGGGUGGUGGUCCCGGUCGCUCCACCCUCCCCACCCUCGGCAGUGCUGCCACUUGGAAGGCUUCCCUUUGGACGAGGCUGGAGAGACUCGUGAACGAAAUCAUCAAGAUAUACAAACAGGUCCACCAGCUACACGUGGUACUGAUCAAGAAGAGAGACCCUCUCACUCAGUCUUCCUUCCUGGACACCAUUAGCCAGAGCCCAGUCCACCACCUCCUCACUCACUUCUGGGAGGCAGUAGCUGAAGACCUUGCCGUUGAGUUUGCAGCAGCUGCUCAAGCCUCCACUCACCUCCGACAGACGUUUGAGAGUGACUAUCCCAAACUGGUGCGAGUGUUCUCAGACCUCCUCUCUCAACUGGAGGUGCUGGCAGUGACUGACAGUAGACAGUCCCUCUACGUUCAACCAGCCCUUGCACACGACAAGUCACACGAGAGCUCCAGUUACGAGGCUGCUCUACUAAAAGCCCUCUCACCAUUUGAGAAGGCAUACAUCUCGCGGUCACAAGGUCGUCUCCUGGACUCUGUGAACCAGCUGUUUGGCCCCACCUCUCGAGGGGGCCUGCCGAGGGAAGAGGAGGUGCUCAGAGCCGUCAAGACAUUCUCCAGUGAGCUAGCUACAGCCGGUGGUAGCGGUCCCUUAGCAACCAUCAUCUCUAAGAACGUGGACAAGGCCAUUCGACUGUUCAGCAUGAAGUGUGACGAAAUGGUUGCCACAGGGAAAGAAGCCCUUCAAAUAUCCGGCCCUCCCAACUACGCCCAGCUGAAGAACAUCUCAGUCGUCAACACUCUGCACCUCUUCCAGACCAUUGUCAAUCAGCAAGUGUUGGCCCUGUCCAGUCUACGCCAGGUAUCUCGCUCAAUCAUCACCGGCAGUGUGGGGGGUAUCCAGAGUGCUCUGCAGGGGGUCCUGGAGCCCUUUGUGGGGGAGGUGGGCACCACACUCGGACGUAUGGUGGAGAGUAUGCACUCUGAGAGCUAUGCAGGUGAAGUGAGACAAGAGCUCAUGACAGGCACUCCCGAUGCUCCUUGCUCCGGAUUCAUGAGGGAAAUGCAGUCCUUCACUGGUCGAAUCCAUACCCAACAUUUGAGCAAGUUUCAUUGCAAAGAAGAGCUCUCUCAGCAACUACAGAGUGUGUGUGAGGGUGUACUGGAGACGUAUGUGUGUCAUGUGUGUUUGCUCCGCCCACUGGAGGAGGCGGGUAAAAUGAAAGUGACGACGGACAUGGCACAGAUCGAACUAGCGUUGGCCCCGUUUUGUCAGAGACUGUCUGGCUUAGGACUGCCAUACAGGAAACUGAGAGCUCUCAGGCGUCUGUUGUUUGCUUCACCCGAUCAGUUGCUGAGUGAGGAGGGUGGUAUCGUGGGGGAGCCCCUCCCACACAGCCUCGUACUCAACUUUCUCUUUUCUGGAGCACCCUCAGAGCUCAAGUCUCCACACCAGGUUCAGGGAUGGUCUGAGAAGGAGUACUGUGACUGGAUGGAGAGUCAUUGCUCUGAGAGUGAGAGGCUGCCUUUCAUUCAGGCAACAUUGGACGCCUACGCUAACCGUAUGAAGUCACAAGACCACACCCACACCACUCCCGUAUACUCAAUCAUGGUGGAACUACUCAGGAGAGGAUUUGAAGCACUCUAGUAAUAAUACUAUAUAAUUAUGCAGAAUGAUAUUUCUGAAUUUAUAGCUUAUUAAAGAUCUAUAUAUUAUAGCAAAGUAUUUUUACUUUAUAAUAAUUAUAGCAUGAUCUCUUGUGAAAAAAACUUGUUAAAGGGA